AUGAUUCGUGUUGUUCUUCAACUUGCCGCAUCUGGUCACUGGCAUGUUCAUCAACUCGACAUCAACAACGCUUUCCUCUAUGGUCAUCUUCAGGAGCGUGUUCUCUGUCAGCAGCCUACUGGUUUUGUCGAUCCCUCUCGGCCUGAUGAUGUUUGCCUGCUCUCAUGGUCUCUCUACGGUCUGAAGCAGGCGCCCCGUGCGUGGUAUCAACGCAUUGCAGCAUUCCUCACUGCUCUCGGUUUUCGCAGCGCCACCUCCGACACGUCACUGUUUGUGCUUCAUCGAGCUGAUCAUGUCGCCAUGCUUCUUCUAUAUGCUGACGAUAUUGUCAUCACCGCCUCUCGGGCGGACUUACUUCGCGACAUCAUCGGUCGUCUUGGUUCUGAAUUUCGGCUUAAGGACUUGGGCGCUCUGCACUUCUUCCUCGGCAUCAAUGUGCGACGUGACACUUCCGGGUUUUUUCUUCAUCAAGGACAGUAUGCUCUUGAUCUCUUGGAUCGUGCUGGUAUGACCGAUUGCAAACCUGCUGCUACUCCUGCCGAGGCCAAGCCGAAGCUCACUGCCACUGCUGGACAACCUGCCACGGAUGCCGCCCUCUACCGCAGUAUUGUUGGUGCUCUUCAGUACCUCACGCUCACCCGACCAGACAUUCAGUUCGCCGUGCAGCAGGUUUGCCUGCACAUGCACUCACAUCGUGAUGUUCACUGGUCUUUGGUCAAGCGCAUUCUCCGGUACAUUCGUGGCACACUGACAUUCGGUCUUCGUCUUCGCACCUCCGCCUCCACUGAGCUCUGUGCUUACACUGAUGUGGAUUGGGCCGGAUGCCCCGACACUCGACGAUCUACGUCGGGAUAUUGUGUCUUCUUCGGUGACUCUCUCAUCUCAUGGUCCUCUAAGCGGCAGCCCACCGUCUCCCGCUCGAGUGCUGAGGCCGAGUACCGUGCCGUUGACAACGUUGUUGCCGAGACAUGUUGGUUACGACAACUACUUGGCGAACUUCGGGUCUCCAUCCCGAAAGCUACGGUGGUUUUCUGUGAUAAUGUUUCGGCCACCUAUCUCGCGGCGAAUCCGGUGCAGCAUAAGCGCACCAAGCACAUUGAGCUUGAUGUUCACUUCGUUCGCGAGAAGGUUCAGUUGGGUCAGCUUCGUGUUCUUCAUGUACCGACCACCCAACAAUUUGCCGACAUUAUGACCAAGGGGCUUCCAACCGCUGCAUUCCAGGAGUUCCGUUCCAGUCUUUGCAUCGCCGACGCCGACGCUUCAACUGCGGGAGGGUGUUGA